CCCGCUUCUCUGCAGAUGCGAUAGCUCCUAACCGAAUUAAUUGCUUCUUCUGCCAGUUGACUAGAAUUGAUCUCAGGAUCUGGAGCUGGGCCUCUUUCUUGUCGAGUGUUUGCUGAUCAUUUGACUUCUUCAUCGCCAUGGAUCAACCCCAGUCGCAGCCAGGAGAGCUGAACUGGCGCCUGAGUGCCCAUCCGAUUACCCUUCUUUGCUUCCUGGGCAUUCGCAUCGGGGCGCUGUUGAUGUAUCUAUUUGGUGUGCUUUUCAUCAAGGACUUUAUUCUCGUCUUCAUCCUCACCCUGCUCCUCCUCUCCGCCGACUUCUACUACCUCAAGAACAUUGCUGGCCGUCGACUUGUUGGACUCCGCUGGUGGAAUGAAGUCGACGUCUCGUCAGGCGACUCGCACUGGGUCUUUGAGUCUUCCGACCCCAACACCCGCUCCAUCAAUUCUACGGACAAGCGAUUCUUCUGGCUCAGCAUGUAUGCGACGCCCGCGCUGUGGAUCGGACUGGCGAUUUUGGCCAUUGUGAGAUUCAUCGGUAUUAUCUGGCUCAGUCUAGUCGCUAUCGCUCUUGUGUUGACCAUCACGAACACGGUGGCAUUCUCCCGGUGCGACCAGUUUAGCCAGGCAUCUACAUUUGCCCGGGGCGCACUUUCUGGAGGUAUUGUGAAUAGUAUCGCGGGGGGUCUGCUGGGCAGACUCUUCAAGUAAACGUUUCGUCUUUUUAUACCUGUCUGAGCUUUCCUGGGUCAGACCUUCUACUGGUCAGAGGGUUAUGAACCGAGUGUUGUAUUAUAGUGUUCUUGGCAACGCUGGGCUUUGAGGUUUUUGAGUCAUUGAGCUUUGAGAUAAUGCAGCAACAUAUUCUAGUUCAACCCGAGUAUCUCAAGAUAGACUUUCACUAUAAACCAAAUACCACACCAUGCAAGACUAUCACAGCCAU